UUCAACUCUACUAAGUCUCGCACAAAACCAAUCGACCCGAAAAAGCAACAUAGCAAUUUAAAGCUCAUCUCCACAAAGAGUUAGCCCUAAGGCCACCAACUGGCUCUCCGUAGGCUGUAGCUCACCUUCUCCCUUAUUCAGCAGCCGGCCAUGGCGUCCAUCACUGCCCCAAUUGCUACUGCUUCUUCUCCUUCUCCUUCUCCUUCUCCUUCUCCUUCUCCUUCUUCUCCCCUUCUUCCUUUCUCCUCACGACCCUUCUCUUCCCGGCAGCGUAGCCCCAUACCCAUCUCUCUCUCUCUGCGUUCUCCCUCCCCAAAACUACUCCCUUCUCUUCUCCACGUUCCUAGACAACAGCCCUUCUCUGCUACUAUCCUUCGAUCCAAACCACUGCCAAUUCUCCGAGGAAGAGUCUACGCCUCCAAUUCUAAUUCACCUAACUUACCUUCUUUUCCUCUCUCCGACUCCACGCGCACCGUCUCCGCCAUUCUCGCUUCCGUCUUCUGCGUUUCCAAACUACUCGUCAGCGCCGUUCGCCAAUUCGCGCUCAAAGCCGCUGAAAUCACAGGCCAGCCCACGCCGGAAGAACUUGCGGGCAUCCGGUCUCUUAGCGGGUCCCUGGUCUGCGCCGCCGGGCCGCUCUUCUUCGCGGCGCUCAAGGACCGCCCCAGCGGGUACCUGAAUACGCCGCUGACGGUGGUGGCUUCCGGCCUCUCUAAAUGGCUUGACAUAUACAGUGGUGUGUUGAUGGUCAGGGUUUUGCUCAGUUGGUUCCCCAACAUACCUUGGGAGCGUCAGCCAUUAUCGGCCAUUCGGGACCUCUGUGAUCCAUACUUGAAUUUGUUCCGGAACAUCAUUCCGCCUUUGUUCGAUGCGCUCGAUGUUAGCCCGCUAUUGGCUUUUGCGGUACUGGGCACGCUCGGCUCCAUUCUCAACAAUAGCAGGGGCACCUAUUGAAGUGAGUGCUUUUUGUUUUAAGUGAAGAAUUAUUCAAGUAAUAUUGGAAACUUUUGUUCUUAUUUCUUUUUUCCUUUUUUUUCCCCCAAUUCUAUAUGCCUUUGUAGGUUGAUUUCGUGGAUGUAAUAUUAGUUUUGGGCUGAAAAAUAUUAAAUGGUUGUGAAAAAUUCUGAUUGCCAUAUUGAAGAAGAGUUUGUAUGUUGAACAUCGAGGGAUAUUUAUUCCACAAAAUUGUGGUUGUUGU